AACGCUAUUUUCGUUUUUAAAGCUGUCUUGAUACAGCCACACAGGUAGUUCAUCGUAGUCAGCAUGGGCGCCAAAAUUAUUUGCUUGGCCUUUGCACUAUUCUAUACUGCAUCGGCAGUACCUGAGAGCCGAAUCGUCGGUGGUACUCCUACCACUAUUGAACAGUUCCCGUACAUUUCUGCUUUCAUCUACCACUACCCAAAGCCCGAUAUCUACAUCCAAAGAUGUGUUGGUUCCAUUAUUUCCUCAUAUCAUAUUCUAACUACAGCUUUUUGUUUUACAGGCGCUGAACUUAAAAACAUGCGCAUACGCGCCGGUUCCACGAAUAGCAUGGAAGGUGGUGUUUUAGUAGACAUUCACGAUGUGAUCAAGCACCCCGAUUAUGUCGAGACUCCACGAGCCCGUGACAUCGCUGUUGCGAGAUUAAUAGAACCACUGAGGAUGAGCGAUACCAUUAACAUGUUGUUCAUACCACCCGCGGGAACAUACAUUCCAGAUCACCUAUCAACUAAAAUCGUCAGCUGGGGAUUUGAAACUGAGGACCCUUCGUCUCAACUGCAAACGCUUAAGACCAUUUCACUCAACAAACUACCCUUAGCGGACUGUCAGAAGAUUUUUGAGAAUGAAGACGUUUCCAUCACUGAUGCUGUGAUCUGCGCAAGUGCUCCAGGCAAGGGCAUCUGCGGCGGCGACUCUGGCGCACCAAUGGUGUACAACUCCGUGUUGCUGGGACUCUCCUCCGUCUACAAGAACUGCAGCAGCGACGACUACCCGGACGUCUUCACCAGGAUCGACUCCUACACUGAUUGGAUAAUGGAGGUCGCUAGAGCACCAGGCACCUCUGAAUCACCACUCAGAUUUGCGAAAAUCUUUUAAGCCAAAUAAAUUAUAUAGAUUUUAGGUGUAAGUUAUUUUCAUUAGUGUUUAGACAUGUGUAUAUUACCAAAUUAAAAACGAAAUUUGAGUUCUGUUGAUAGGCAAUAAGUAUUGCAGUUUGUAUAAUUAUUGGUUUUGAAAAGAAGUUAGGUAUGGUGUAAAGAAGUUAGAUAUGG